UUGCUGUAGUUGGUAUUGUGUUUGUGAGGUGCCGUAGAGUCCACAUUUCCGGUUUUUACAUUGGGGUCGUCGUCUCCGCUGCUGACAUUUCUGAAGCCCUUACCGGGUUUGCUUCCGUGGUAUUGUGUCCUUCUUCUGUCUCUAAGGACGAUGCAGGGGGAGAGCCAAAGAUCCAAAUUUUCGCCCUUUUUUACGUUAAAAAUGGGAUUUUGAGGUUGGGAUUGGAAUUAUUGGAGUGAGUCAGGGUUGUUAGGGUGAUCGUAGGAGCAGCGGGGAAGAAGGGGAAGAGAAAGAAAGGCUUAGUUUCCUUCUCUUUCUUUCGACCCUUUAUCGGGAAAGAGGGAGGCGGCAUUCUUUUGCCGUAAAGCCAGUGCCGUUUUGCCUUCUCUGAUCUCUCCAUUUCCGCUGCUUUCCUUUAUUUCGUACAAAAAUUUUGAUUCUGGGAGGAGAAGGCGAAAGAUCUGAUCUCAGAGUGAAGAUUAUGAGAGCACAGCCAAGCAAGGAGGAUCGACUCUGGAGGGACACAAGCAGCGAGAAAAAGGAAGGAUCUUUGAUGAGCUUUGGGGGCUUAUCAGACGGCAGAUCGGGCGCUCUACCCUACGGCAAGGCUGCCAUGACUACCGGAGAGUUAUCUCCGCCGGAAUUCAUCUCCCAGAGGCUCCCUAAACCCUCUUUCGUGUCUCCUGGCCUCUCCCUUGGCCUGAGCGAUACGAGCCGGAUGGCGGCCGUCGGCGGUGGCAGUGACGUGGAUUCGGCCAAAAGGAACAAGGAGGACGAGAACGAUAGCCGAUCGGAGAGCGACAACUUGGAAGCGAUAUCCGGAGACGACACCGAUCAGGUGAAUCCUCGCAAGAAGAAGCGAUACCAUCGACAUACCCCGCUACAGAUCCAGGAACUCGAAGCCUUGUUCAAGGAGUGUCCUCACCCGGACGAGAAGCAAAGGCUGGAGCUCAGCAAGAGGCUUAACUUGGAGACCCGACAGGUCAAGUUCUGGUUCCAGAACAGACGCACCCAAAUGAAGACGCAAAUCGAGCGCCACGAGAAUUCGAUCCUCCGGCAAGAGAACGAUAAGCUGAGGGCGGAGAACAUGGCGAUCCGGGAAGCGGCGAGGAACCCGGUUUGCAACAGCUGCGGCGGCCCGGCGAUGCUGGCCGACAUCUCCAUGGAAGAACAGCAGCUUAGAAUCGAGAACGCCCGUCUCAAAGAAGAGCUCGACCGGGUUUGUGCUCUCGCCGGCAAGUUCCUUGGCAAGUCCAUCUCUUCCUUGUCGGAACCCAUCUCUCCGUCCAUGCGGAGCUCGGUCUUGGAGCUCGGAGUCGGGAACAACGGCUUCCUUGGGUUCGGCUCGGUGGCUCCUACCAUCUCCGCGGUGCCCGAUUUCCUGCCGGGGAUCGACAACCCACUGGGUAAGAACAUGGACGCACUGCUGGGGAGCGAGAGGAGCAUGCAUUUGGAGCUAGCACUGGUUGCGAUGGAGGAGCUCGUGAACAUGGCGCAGAUGGAGGAGCCGCUUUGGGUUCCGAGCUCGGAUGGCGGCACUGAAACACUGAACCAUGAGCAGUACCUCCGCACCUUUCGCCGGAUCUCGGGGACGGGGAUGCCGCCUGUGGGGUACGCUUCCGAGGCCUCAAGGCAGAAAGGGGUGGUGAUCAUCAACAGCCUCGCCCUUGUCGAGACCCUCAUGGACGCCCGUCGCUGGGCUGACAUGUUCCCAUGUAUCAUCGCAAAAGCCACGACGAUGGAAGUAAUUUCCGGUGGCGUGGGUGGAACCAGAGACGGCGCUCUUCAGCUUAUGCACGCGGAGUUGCAGGUUCUCUCCCCGUUGGUUGCAGUCCGGGAAGUGUACUUCCUCAGGUUCUGCAAGCAGCAUGCUGAAGGCGUUUGGGCUGUGGUUGACGUCUCCGUGGACAGCAUCAGAGCAAGCCUCUCUUCUGCGAGCUGCAGGAGGCUGCCUUCUGGCUGUGUGGUGCAAGACAUGCCCAGUGGUUACUCCAAGGUGACUUGGGUGGAACACGCGGAGUACGAGGAGGGCCAAGUGCAUCAGCUGUAUCGCCCGCUGCUCCGCUCCGGUCUGGCGUUCGGUGCCGGACGCUGGGUAGCCACCCUCCAGCGCCAGUGCGAGGGUCUCGCCAUCCUCAUGUCCUCCGCCAUCACCGCCCGCGACGAGACUGAGACGAUCACGGCGAGCGGGAGGAGGAGCAUGCUGAAGCUGGCGCAGCGGAUGACCAACGCCUUCUGCGCCGGGGUGUGCACGUCGUCCGCGCAGGAGUGGAGCAAGCUGGCGACGGAGAACGUGGGGGACGAGGUGCGGGUGAUGACGAGGAUGAGCGUGAACGAGCCGGGGGAGCCGGCGGGCGUGGUGCUGAGCGCGGCGACGUCGGUGUGGAUCCCCGAGUCCCCCAAACGGCUCUUCGACUUCCUUCGCGAAGCCAGCUUCCGCAGCAAGUGGGACAUCCUCUCCAACGGCGCGCCGAUGUACGAGAUGGCGCACAUCGCCAAAGGCCAGGACGCAGGCAACGCCGUCUCCCUCCUCCGCGCCAGCGCCGCGAGCUCCAACCAAACCAGCAUGCUGAUACUGCAGGAGACCUGCACCGACGCGUCCGGCGCCAUGGUGGUGUACGCGCCGGUGGACAUCCCAGCCAUGCACCUCGUCAUGAGCGGCGGCGACUCCGCCUACGUCGCCCUCCUCCCCUCCGGCUUCGCCAUCCUCCCCGACCGUUCCGUCGAGCCGCACCAGACCAGCGGCAGCCUCGGCUCGCUGCUGACCGUGGGGUUCCAGAUCCUGGUGAACAGCCAGCCGACGGCAAAGCUGACGAUGGAGUCGGUGGAGACCGUCAACGGCCUCAUCUCCUGCACCGUCCAGAAGAUCAAGGCUGCACUCCACUGCGACGACUGAAUCCCCCCCACCCCCGUGUACAACCCGUAAAGAGACGGAGAAAUAAACAGAGGCCGAGUCAAGAACGAACCGCGCGUGCGUGUGGCACAUCCUUUGCUAUGUGAUAGAAGAUGAAGUAAUCACACCCAGCAGGUUUGUCUUUUAACACCGAGCAACGGUGGUGGUUCGGGCAUUGACUCCGUCUCCAAAUCUGUGUCCAGUGAUCGACAGCCGCCUCCGCAUACAUUGUGGUGACAUACGUACUAUGUUAUUCAGUAGUGCUUUGGUAUAUAUGUUGUCGUCGUCAUCGAGCGACUCACGUAAA